UCAGUCCGCAGCUCAGCCUGCUGCUCCUCGUAGGCUCCUCCCUGGCGUGCGCGAGAGGAGACCGAGAUCCGCAAGCGGUUCAGAGGGGGGGGUGCGUCGCGCAGGCAGGACCGAGGAGGAAUCACCACAGCCCCGGCCGGGACUGCCAGACCCGACCCGCUGGAUCCCUGGAGGAACGGAGAGAACACGUCGCCCAAGGGAGAGGAGCUCUGUUCAGGAUGUUCUCGUUUGUGAAGGCCUUCGAGGGGCAGCAGUACUCCACCCUGAAGAGGCAGUGCCUUGCCAGCGGCCUGCUGUUCGAGGACCCGCGCUUCCCCGCAGUGGAUGACACCCUCUUUUACCAGGGCAACAGGAUCGGACGUGUGCACUGGAAGAGACCCCGGGAGCUCUGUGAGGACCCUCACCUGUUUGUGGAUGGAAUCAGUGCGCACGACCUGCACCAGGGCCAGCUGGGAAACUGCUGGUUUGUGGCGGCGUGCUCCAGCCUGGCCUCCAGAGAGUCCCUGUGGUCCAAAGUCAUCCCAGACUGGAAGGAGCAGGAGUGGGACACAGAGACGCCCGAGUCAUAUGCCGGGAUCUUCCACUUCCGCUUCUGGCGCUUUGGCGAGUGGGUGGACGUGGUGAUUGAUGACCGGCUGCCCACGGUGGACAACCAGCUGGUCUACUGCCACUCAGAUGACAGUAACGAGUUCUGGAGCGCACUGGUGGAGAAGGCCUAUGCCAAAGUGUACGGCUGCUACGAGGCCCUGGACGGUGGGAAUACAGCGGAUGCACUGGUGGACUUCACAGGGGGUGUGUCGGAGCCUAUGGACCUGCUGGAGGGCCAGAUGGCCACGGACGAGAUGGCCCGCAACCAGCUGUUUGAGAGGGUGCUGAAGGUCCACAACCGGGAUGGCCUCAUCAGCUGUUCCAUCCGGGCAACCACCGUGGAGGACAUGGAGGCGCGGCUGGACUGCGGCCUGGUCAAAGGCCACGCAUACGCGGUGACGGAUGUGAAGAAGGUGCGUCUGGGCCAGGGCCUGCUGGCCUUCUUCAAGUCAGAGAAGCUCAACAUGAUCCGCAUGAGGAACCCAUGGGGAGAGAAGGAGUGGAGCGGGCCCUGGAGCGACAGCUCAGAUGAGUGGAAGAAGGUGAGCAAGAGUGAGAGAGAGAAGCUUGGUGUCACCGUGCAGGACGACGGAGAGUUUUGGAUGACGUUUGAUGACUUCUGCCAGUACUUCACAGACCUGAUCCUGUGCCGCCUCAUCAACACCUCCUACCUGAGCAUCCAUAAGACCUGGGAGGAGGAGGUGAUGAGGGGCUCCUGGGUCCCCCGCCAAGAUCCCCUGAGGAACCGCUCUGGGGGCUGCAUCAACCACAAGGCCACCUUCCUGCAGAACCCACAGUUUGUGUUUGAUGUGAAGAAGGUAGAGGAUGAGGUGUUGAUCGCCCUGCAGCAGAAGGAGAGGAGAGCCACCACCAAAGAGGGCAAAGGAGAUAACCUGGCCAUAGGCUUUGACAUUCACCGGGUGGAGCUGAACAGAAAGUACCGCAUGCACACGGCCCAGCAGAAGGUGGCGGGCUCCAUCUACAUCAACUCGCGCUGCGUCUUCCUCAGGAAGGAGCUCAAAGAGGGUCGCUACGUCAUCAUCCCCACGACUUUUGACCCCAGGCAGCAGGGUGACUUCCUGUUGCGGGUCUUCACCGACGUGCCUUCAGACUGCAAAGAGUUGAACCUAGACGAGCCCCCUCAGACGUGUUGGACGGGCAUGUGUGGUUACCCCCAGCUGGUCACCCAGGUCCACGUUCUGAGUGCAGAGGGACUCCAGGGCCAGGACUCUAAUGGGGCCUCUGACCCGUACGUCAUCAUCACCUGUGAGGGGGAGCGGGUGCGCUCACCGGUGCACAAGGACACACGGAGCCCCAACUUUGACGUCAAAGGCCUGUUCUACCGCAAGAAGCCGAAGGAAGGCAUCCACAUUGAGAUCUACAAUAAGAACGUGAUUGUGGAUACCUUCCUGGGUCAGGUGACCCUGUCCAGUGACCCUAACGACCGGCAGGUGCAGCACACGCUCCACCUUCGCGACAAGGGCAAUCGCCAAGACAAUGACCUCCCAGGCACAGUCACCGUGCGCCUCAUCACCUGUACCACGCUCAUCAACAUAUGACGUCCCUUCCGUCGCAGCUCUAGCCAUGGAAUGUCGGAGCUUUACCUUUGACCUUUGUCAUCAUGACACCCCUUUGCCUCCCCCUCCCCUCCCCACCCCUAAACCGAGCAUGGCAAUUAACCUGUUAACCCUGGGAUCUAGCUCCACCCGACCCGGCGCCCCCCUGAACAUAUACAGACACAGCUUGGUGUCUUUUUUUCUCUCUCGCUCUCUCUCUCUCUCUCACACACGCGCACACGCGCACACACACACACACACACACACACACACACACACACACACACACACACACACACACACACACACACACACACACACACACACACACACAGGCCGUGUCUGAAUACCUGUACUUGCGUUCUAAAUAGUAGGCUAAGUAUGCGAAAAUAGAAAGUUUCAUAGUAUUUGACAAACAGUAUGCUUUAAAACUUAGUAUGCUUUAAUUGCCAGGAUGCCAUACUGAUUUCAUUUUUUCAUCUAGUAUAAUUUGCUGCACACUAUUGAGGAAGAGAAGCAUAAUUUCAGACCCAAGUGUGAUUGACAACAGCUGAUAAUAAGCUAUUCAUCAGACGGGCUGUACCAAAAUGAACGAAUAGCGGUAACUAACUGAUUAGAUGACGCAUUCUCAGUAUGUUCCUUACUGCAUACAUAUACUAAACAGUACGUUCUUAAUAGUAUGUAGCAUGAUUAGUACACAGUAUUUAGUUUUAGUAAGUAGUAGACAAGACAGAUUUCAGAAACAACCACACACUCCUAUCUCUCUACAUGCCUUCAACUCUCCCACACACACAUACCUUUUAACAUGCGCCUGCACUCCUCAUACAUCUCCCAGUGUCACUAAGGGCUAUGCAUCGCCUUAAGGCUGAGUGGGUCUCUUUAGGACCCUGAGUCUUUUUAGGACCAGCCAUAUGUCGGGUGGGAGGGGUGUCAUGGUAUUGGGUGGUAUACUGGGACCCCCUCUAUCCAUCCUAUUCGCUGAGUGUUUUUUACUGUCUCUUGACUGAUGUCACAACCCCAUUGUAGUCCCAGAAAUACCAUAUUAUCAGCCUUUUACUGUUUCUUCCAUCAAUGACUGGGUGUCAUUUGGGAUGCAACCUCUAUCUAUCAUCCACUUUCUAUAGUCCCCACAAAACAAGCCAACUACCAAGAAAGUGACGCCAAAAGCACCGAUGAACACUGCUGGUGUUUAUGUGAGUGUAGUCUUGCCUCCUCCCCCCUCCAUCCCAUCCAUCCCCCUUUCCUCCUCCCACUCCCGUCCCCUCGGACUACGCUUCUACCGGUUGCCAUAGACGAUAUCGAGUUUAGCAUGGCUAAAACAGACUGCCUGCAUUGAGCAUCCCCCAUCCUCCUUUAUACACACACACACACACACACACACACACACACACACACACACACACACACACACACACACACACACACACACACACACACACGUAGCUUAGCAACCGGAGCUUUUGAUAUGCCCCAGUGGAGUGACUGUGGAGCUCCGCCUGCCAUAAUCAAGUGCUUUACGGGACCAAAGACAGAUCAGGCUUUCCCUUCUCUCUCCCUCUCUUGCCGGCGCCAGUCGCCACCGUGCCACGUCAAUCGGUCUUCUCUAUGGCAACGCCACUGCCUGACACUUCCUGAGUCCUGGGACUCCUGUCAUGUGACCUGGGCUUUCGACUUGUGGGCCUUUGAAUCAUGUGACCCAAGAAACAGUAGUUGUUGUCCCUCUGUCUGCGUAAAUCAGUUGUGUGUGGGGGUGGGGGUGAGUGUGGGUUGGGUGUGCAUGUUUGCGAACAUACAUUCAUACGUGUGUUAUGUCUGUGCCUUUGGACACACCAUGCACCUCGCUUAGUUCUGACGGGCUCACAGGCUUGGCUGGAUAUAGGGAUGAGUGGAAGAAGAGAGAGAGCGAAGGACGGAGAGAAGAGCGGGAGGAAAUCCUUCUGUCGACUCCUGCCAAAAACAACCUGUGCCAUAGCCUUGGUCCUGGCUCUGACUCUGUUGUGACUCUAUACUGUUCCAGAAAGAAACACAGACAUUUUGGAUUAGCAUCACUGUAAACUCAGUGCUAUUUGAAAUGGUAGUUUGAAAAGUGUGGCUUUUUGUCUUGCCAAGACAGAGAGAGACUAUGUCUUCAUACAGAACCAUCACUGGUACAAACAGUUAGCAUAUCUUCUCACGUAGGUCAUGUCGCACUCUUUUGACCUGCUUUCCACAGGCUAAUUAUAUCGAUCUUUGACAGUGGCGAGCGUUGGAGAUAAAAGAGAUACAAGCCCCAUACGCUAUGUCGUCAUGUUGAGUAUCUUUUCAAACGUAUGAUAUGAUUGCAGAGACUUUUGUAGUGCAGGAUCUGAUAGUAUGUCUGUGUACGUCUUUUUAAAAAUAAUUUAUUGUUUACAGCAUCGUCAAGAGGAUCAGUCAAGAAACAACAACAGAUCCUACAUCAGUUGUGAAUCAUUCCCAAGACAUUUCUUUUUUGAAUGUAAUGCGGAGAGCAUUGACCAAUCUCUCUGUCUAUCAAACCAUCAAGCCCUUUCACUUGUUUACUUGUGUUUUUCCACCGCCUUUUUUUCAUUACUUGAACCACAAUGGGAUUUGUACAUUUUUCAAAACUUGUAUUGUCACAUUUGUUUAAUUAUACUGAACAAAAAUAUAAACGCAACAUGCCAUAAUUUCUACGAUUUUACUGAGUUACAGUUCAUAUAAGGAAAUCACUCAACUUAAAUCAUUGGAGGCUGGUGGGGGGAGCUAUAGGAGGAUGG